CCAAAAGGCUAGAGUUUAGAUACUUAGCAUGAAAUAUCUUCUAGUGAGUGUCUACCAAGUUUGUUCAAAUAAAAGCCCUGGGGUCAAAAUCUUAGACAGUAUCAUAAUAAUUGACAUAGAGUCAUACAAUUGACAAAACAGUGGAGUGUGGGAAAACAGUGUGGGGACACCUGUGUCCUAUAUGAACACAUCGAUAGUUUUCUUUAAUUUUCUGUUUAAUUUUAGAAAUAGUUAGAAAAGUUGAGUUUUGCCCCUGUCUGGCAGUGGCUCUUGUUGAGUUAUUGCCCUUUCUUAAUUUUCUUACUUAAAAAUAUUGUCCAGAGCAUAACUUUGUCAAUAUAUGCCUAUCUGCUAUACUGUUGACGAAACAAGAUAUCCGACUACUGGAGAGUUCUAGUCUAUUCAGAAUAUUUUUGGGAAAAAAAUCAGGACAAUCAUUGGAUUUCAUCACAUCCAGAAAAUCAACUUAUCAAAGUGUGUCGCGUAGAAGUUAUACAAUAUAUUGGGAAACUGUAUGUAUGGUUUUAUCAUGACGCGGCUCAAUUACUUUUAUUACUAUUUAUGUUGUAGGAGAUACAAAGACUCAAGGUAGAAGAUUCGCCUCAACAAAAACAGUCAGCAUAUGAAAAGGCUAAGUCAGAAUGGCGGAAAAAGCUUAUAGAACAGUAUCACAAAACCCUGCUGCAAGUUCCUACAACACCUUUACAACCAAAAAGUGAAAAAUGCAGUUUUAAAGACAUUUAUAUUAGACCAACAAUAACCAAGGACAUAAAAAGAGAAAAAGGUGAGACAGAGGAGGUGGAGGUUAAAACAAUGUCCGAAAUCUUCACAAAGGACGGUGUCCCCCAAAAAUACGUAUAUGUUCUAGGAGAUGCAGGGUCAGGAAAAACUAGUUUUUGUAAAUAUCUGGUUAACUGCUGGUGUUUAGCACAUAGUGAGGAACAUGGAGCUGGCAAUGAAAACGAAGAUGGCAAUGGUAAACCUGAAUGUGACAGUGAAAAACAUGCAGGUGAUGGUGAAGAACAUGAAACUGACAAUGAAAAUAAGGGUGGCAGUAGCAAACCUGAAGGUGACGGUGAAAAACAUGCAGGUGACGGUGAAAAACAUGGAGGUGUCAAUGAAAAUGAAGGCGGUAGUAGUAAACCUGGAGGUGACAGUGAAAAACAUGGAUGUGAUGGUGAAAAACAUGGAGGUGUCAAUGAAAAUGAAGGUGGCAGUAGUAAACCUGAAGGUGACAGUGAUAACCAUGAAGGUGAUGAUGAAAAUAUGGAGGGGUCAAUGAAAAUGAAGAUGGCAGUUGUAAACCUGAAGGUGACAGUGAAAUACAUGAAGAUAAUGAUGAAAAACAUGACGCUGGAGUUGUCAAUGACAAUGAAGUUGGCACUGAGAAACAAGGAGGUGAUUUUGAAGAACAUGAAAAAAGGGAAGUGACAUUGUAAAUGAAAAGGUAAAAGGGACACAAAGUGGAGACAUUGAAAUCAAAGAGAGCAGUAAGACACAUCAAAGUGUUUAUGAGAAACGAGGAGAUGAAAAAC